UUUUCUUUAACUCUUCCUGAUACUUCACUCACUGCUGAAGAAGACCAGAACACAAAGGAGAAGCCAUGAGGAACACACUGCUGAGGAUGCUGGCCGCCCUGAUGUGUGUACUGGCUGCCUGCGCCGACAUCCCGCCUGUGCAAGACUUCGACCUGCAGAAGAUGGCAGGCAAGUGGUACGUGGUUGGCUUUGCCACUAACGCUCCGUGGUUUGUGAACCACAAGGCAGGGAUGAAGAUGGGCACUGCCGUUAUAGUGCCAACUGCUGGAGGAGACCUGGACCUCUCUUAUGCCAACCUGAAUGCUGAUGGUACCUGCUGGAGAAUGACUCACCUGGCUAAGAAAACCGACACUCCUGGACGCUUCACCUUCCACAGCCAGGUUUGGAACAAUGACAACGACAUGCGCAUUGUUGAUGUUCUGUACAAUGAGUACGCUUUGGUCCACACUAUCAAGACAAAGGACGGAGUGUCUGAGGUCCUCAACAAGCUUUACAGUCGCACUACUGAGGCCAGUGCUGCCCUGCAGCAGAAGUUCACACAGUUCUCCCUGGAUACUGGCAUUCUCGCUGACAACAUCGCCAUCCUGCCUCAAAAUGCUGAGUGUCCCGAGGUCUGAAGCGUCCCCUGCUUCCUUCCAUCCUUCAUCUCUCGCUCUGUGAAGUGCCAGGCUUUCAUCUCACAAGAGUCUUCCUUUCCCCCCUCAUUGUGAUGUCUGCAUCAUCACAAAGCUAAACCUGAGAUGAAUGAAAUUUAAGCAUAAUCCCUGCUGCCUACCAAAGACCAAUCCUGAUCCUAGUUCAGGCCUCAUUCCCCCCAACUCGCGAAUUAACUGUAACUUCAGAGUGGAACAACAAAGGGCUGAUGGUGAAACAAAGGGAUGGAAUAUAUUAAACUGUGAAAGCUGCUAGUUUACCUUUUGGACAAGCGCUUCUUUUGUAACUGCUGAUUUUCUGCUGUAAUGCUCUUUUUAUAUCUUUUGUUCAAAAUAAACUCAAAGCCAGUCAAAACUAAACAAA